CGCUUGCGGUUCCAGCCCUUCAGGCUGCUCUUGACAACCUAUCGGCACCUUCGUUCAAUCAGACCAGAAAGUUGAGCGUCUUUUCUUCUGCCAAACUCAUACCCGAAUCAUCAUCCUCACACCUACACUGCAAGUGACGCUUCUGCUGGGUCAUUCCCGAAUCAUUCCCCGGCGAGAUAGAGGUUGGAGGUGCUCGCACUUUUGAGCUGCCUCCCUCCAACCCCGCGGCUUCCAAAGCCCCGCCUUUCGAGUAACACCAUGACCGAACAUACAACAUGAGGGACCCAACCGCAGAUAUGGAAGAGAUCCCCCAGCAACCCGCGACUAACGGGGCGCCGGAACCCCGCCGUCCUACCAAGUCAGUUCGAGUCGCGUUUGGACCCGAGCUAGAAACAACUAUCCCCACCCGUGAACGCUCCCCUACUCCAUUGAGCAGCCACCAUCGGUCCUUCACUACUGUGGAACAGAUGUCCUCCUCGUUGGCCCCGCCCUUUCGCCCCACGAGCUCUAGCGGAGAGAAUGUCGUGGGUUUCCCAGCCGAGCCACCUCGACGGCCCUCCCCUCGCAGGUCGGAGAGCAGCCGACCCGCCAUGCUGAAACGAGCACGAAGUGAUUAUGGACCGAGUCGUGUUACAUUCGACAAAUCACCGGGAGAAGAUGAGGAAGACUUCGCCAUGCGCCAUGGAUGGCAGGAGGAAUACACCUCCAGCGAAUACCUCAAGAUUUUGCACUCGAAUUUUUACAUGUACUUUACCGAGAAACGUCACGAGACCAACGGCAUCCCGCGCGACCCAGACGGCAGCUGGCCAGCUCAGGAAUGGCGCAUGAAGGAUAGGCUCAAGACCGUUUCUGCGGCGCUCGCAAUUUGUCUGAACAUCGGCGUCGACCCUCCAGAUGUCGUCAAGACAAAUCCUACCUCGAAGCUCGAAUGUUGGGUCGAUCCCACCUCGACAACGGGCGGUGGUCAGAACAAGAUCAUGGAACAGAUCGGCAAGAAGUUGCAGGAACAAUAUGAAACAUUAAGUCUUCGCACCAGAUACAAGCAAUAUCUGGACCCAUCGGUCGAUGAGACCAAGAAGUUCUGUAUGUCUUUGCGCAGGAAUGCCAAGGACGAGCGCGUACUUCUUCAUUACAAUGGCCACGGAGUGCCAUUGCCCACCCAAUCCGGUGAAAUCUGGGUGUUUAACAAGAACUACACCCAAUACAUCCCUGUGCCACUUUAUGACCUCCAGUCGUGGCUCGCUGGCCCUAGCCUGUUCGUUUUCGACGUUUCACAUGCGGGGAAUAUUGUCCAAAAUUUCCAUACCUUCGUGGAGAAGCACGAGAAGGAAAAUGCGGAGGCCAAGAAGCGGGAUCCCAAUGCUAUUGUGCAAAAUUAUAGCGAUUGCAUUCUUCUCGCAGCCUGCCAAAAGAACGAGUCUCUUCCAACGAACCCCGACCUACCCGCCGAUCUCUUUACAUGUUGUCUCACCACUCCGAUUGAAAUCGCUCUGCGUUUCUUCGUUUUGCAGAACCCGCUGCGGACUGAUCUCUCCAUCGACGAUUUCCGCGUUCCGGGUCGCCUCCAGGAUCGUCGCAGUCCUCUUGGAGAGCUCAAUUGGAUCUUCACGGCGAUCACCGAUACAAUCGCUUGGAAUACGUUGCCGCGCGCUCUUUUCAAGAAGCUUUUCCGACAGGAUCUGAUGGUUGCUGCACUCUUCCGCAAUUUCUUACUUAGCGAGCGUAUCAUGCGCACCUACAAAUGUCAUCCCAUAUCCUCGCCAGAGCUCCCUGGGACCCACCAGCACGCGCUCUGGAAGAGCUGGGACCUUGCCGUGGAGAUGGUACUUUCGCAGUUGCCUGCGCUGAUCGAUCACGAGGAGGGUCGCCGACAGUAUGAGUAUCAGCAUUCUACGUUCUUCGCUGAGCAACUCACCGCAUUCGAGGUGUAUCUUUCAUCUGGUCCCACAGAGAAGAACCCACCGGAUCAACUGCCCAUUGUCUUGCAGGUUCUUCUCAGUCAGGCUCACCGACUGCGUGCACUGAUAUUGCUGAGCAAGUUCCUUGAUCUGGGUCCGUGGGCCGUCCAUUUGGCUCUGAGCAUUGGUAUUUUCCCAUAUGUUGUAAAGCUGUUGCAGUCAGCUGCUCAAGAAUUGAAACCUGUCAUGGUUUUCAUUUGGGCUCGCAUCAUGGCCGUCGACAAUGGAGUUCAGGUUGAUCUGCUCAAGGACAAUGGUAUUCACUACUUCAUCUCCAUUCUCAACCCAUCUUCUCCGAUCCCUGUUGGAAAUGCCAGCGAGCACCGCGCCAUGUGUGCCUUUAUUGUCUCCAUCUUUUGCAGGAAUUAUCCUCAAGGUCAGAAUGUGUGUCUGUCUGGUGAUUUGUUCGACUCGUGCUUAAGGCAUCUUGGCGACGUUGAGAACCCCCUGCUCCGCCAGUGGUCAUGCCUCUGUCUGAGUAUGCUUUGGCGUGAUUUCCCGGAAGCGAAGUGGAUGGGAAUUCGAUGUGCAGCUCCGACUAGACUCUGUGAAUUGAACUUCGAUCCAGUCCCGGAAGUUCGCGCUGCUAUGCUUCAUGCUGUAACGACAUUCCUUGGCAUUCCCGAUCUGACCGAUCAAGUGGCUCAGAUCGAAGAGUCUUUGGCUUUGUCGGUCUUGCCCAUGGCGGCUGAUGGAAGCGUGCUCGUCCGCAAGGAACUUGCUGUCUUUUUAUCCACCUUUGUCAAGCGCCACCAGAAUAAGUUUGUGGUGGCUGCGUACGAAGAGCUGCAGGAUGAGAAACGAUCCCUGAUGCACCGUCUGCAAAGUGAAACAUCGCACACCAGUCGCAUCGAGGGUCAGAACGGUGAUGUUAUCAGCGAGCCCAAGCAAACCCAAUUGUCUCGAAACACCACGUUCGGGACAAUCUGGAAACAAGUUCUCAUUCUUUCCGUCGACCCGCACCCUGACAUUGCCCAGGACGCUGGUAUUAUUGUUGACUACAUCCACCUUGCCCUUCUAGAGUCACCCAUGUCGACUCUUGCUGACAGAAUCAGAAUUGAAAUUCUGGAUCUUACAAGCCGUAUGUCACAACGGUAUCAGGUACAGGAACGACCGGAUACCAAGAAGUCAGCACCGCCCUCGACGCCCCCAUCAUUAACAACAGCACCCUCCAAACAAGAAGGCUACCUUUCAUUAGGCUUCAGGCGCACUGCCAGUGUUGCCGCUUCCCUAAAGAACCUUGCAUUUGGCGGCUCCAUGACCGAUUCCUCGGAAAAUUCGACCCCUCCAUCGCCAACCUCAAAGAGUCGAAUGCCCAUGACUCCCCGCGGCCGUGCUCCUCCCGAAUGGACGCGCCCCCCAGAAGUAAACGACCACGUCGUUCCAGCAACAGCUUAUCACCAAGCUCCUACUCCCACGUCUCGAGGCUUCCAACCUAGGAACCCGGAGGUCGCACCUGUUAUCCCGUUGCAGAGCCAUUUCCUAGCCUGGUCCACAGAGGUAAUCCCAUCCUUCGUUUACGCAUCCAUCACCCGCGAGGAGGUCCUAGAGAUUGCUGGAAACCCCGUACUUACGCUCGAAAAGUAUUUCCGCGAGCCUCAGAUGAAACCGAACGAACCCGACGAACCCGGUAGUUCCGAUUACAAUGAACGACUUUGGCGACGCGGCCGCAAUGAGAAGAUUAUUUCAGAGACACAGCCCCUCAAGGGUAAGGCCGGCACAAGCAGGUGGGAUAAUUCGGUUACUCUACUCUCGAACAGCAGCCAGCCAUUGAAGAUGUGCUUCCACCAAUUCGAGGAUCAUCUUGCCGUUGCGGAUGAUCGGGAUACUAUUGCGAUCUGGGACUGGCAGAACCACAAGCGGCUAAAUCUGUUCUCUAAUGGAAACCCUGUGGGAUCGAAGAUCAACGAAGUCCGCUACAUCAAUGAGGAUGAUCAAGCCCUUCUUUUGACUGGUUCCUCCGAUGGUGUGCUCAAGCUUUUCCGUCAUUACGAGUCGGCAAAGAACAUCGAGGUCGUGACGGCUUUCCGGGCCUUGCCUGAACUAAUUCCAAGCAACCGCAACGCGGGUCUUGUACUUGACUGGCAACAGGGCCAAGGAAAAGCUUUGGUUGCAGGGGACGUGAAGGUGAUUCGAGUGUGGAACGCAGCUACCGAAGUGUGCACUAAUGAUAUCCCCGCACGCUCCGGUUCCUGUAUUACAUCUUUGACCUCGGAUCAAGUUGCUGGCAACAUCUUUGUUGCAGGCUUCGGUGAUGGCGCCGUCCGUGUCUUCGACCAGCGUCUCAAGCCAACUACAUCGAUGAUCAAGGUCUGGCGUGAGCAUAAGCAGUGGAUCACCAAUGUCCACAUGCAACGGGGUGGCUUGCGAGAGCUCAUCUCCGGUAGCCGCAAUGGCGAGAUCCGCCUAUGGGAUCUUCGCAUGAAUGGUGCCCUUUCAACCAUCUCCACUACCAAGGAUACUCUUCGCACUCUGAGUGUCCAUGAGCAUGCCCCUGUCUUCAGCAUGGGCACAAACCGCCACGAAGUCAAGACUUACAACGUUGAUGGCACAUAUCUCUCCACCUUCGAGCCGUACUCGAGCUUCCUUCACCACAACCGCUCCUCUCCCAUCGCUGGUACGGCCUUCCAUCCGCACCGCACCAUGCUCGCUUGCGCAGCACUAAACGACCACCACAUCAACCUUGUUUCUUGCUAGACCAAGGGAGAAAUUUUACCCCCUUUCCUUCGCUGUACGAUUUCUUUUUUUUUCUUGCCUUUUUUGUCUCUCUUUGAGCCCUUCGCUCUUGUAAUAUGGCUCUGAACAACAUAUCCCGCACAAUGUACCCGGCGUCUUGGCGAGUUUUCGGUUCUGCGAUUUAUAUUUUUUCCAUUCUUAAUUCCCAUCAAGAAUCAUUUUUUGUCUUGCUUUUGCUUGUUCAGAUCUCCUUCACCUAUUCCCAUUAUGAUUUUGCCUUCCUUGCGAGCAUACCUGUCUUUCUUCCAGGAGAUGAGGCACUCGGCUUCUGAUUUUGCACCUUUAUUUUUAUUUCUAUUACUGCCUUUCGUUCAAACUUUAGAACCUCCGGUCGUAAUGUACACUUCAUUGGAAUAGUUCUUCGAGCAAGAGGAAGAAUUGGAGAGAGCUUUUGCGUUAUAAUUGUUGCACUUGGCUGAACGUAGAUGGGCUUCCCUAAGGAUCAUCACGUUCUUCCAUGUCACCAUGCAAUGCCAUGACAGGCGUCUCCGAAAACUACCAUCUCUAAUAUCUGUGCCCGAUCUCUCCUCUCAAAAUAUUUCGCGCGUGUACCGCUCUUUGUACCUUUCGACGCCUCCCCAUUAUAAUUUGGUUGAUUGAAUCCUGCUCUCGAUGGGUCAGAAGUGGGUUGAUUGACUGGGAUGAAUACGACCUCAUCGAAGUCCGCGUUGGGACAACCAUCGAACUACCGACCCCACCAUUUACGCAAAGCCUCAAGCAGCCCGACUUUUUCUUCCGUCCAAAGGACAAGAAGAAAUUACUCCCCACAAUGACGGUCGAGGCUAGCUGGUCGGAGUCCGCAUCCGACUUGAAAAAGGACAUGGAGCUCCUCCUAACGGGGGGUGGCGGUGCCACCGAUGUCGUUAUUCUCGUGAAUUGGAAUGCGGAACGGGAUAUCAGGGCAAGUGGUGUCACGUG